CUUAGCUUUUGAUGCAUUAUUUCCCUCCCGCCGUUUAUAUUGUACUGCCAUGCUUUCAGGUCGCACGGUCAUCAGGGUGGGCCACGGGUGGCCUGAUGACAUGCAGAUGCAUCCCACACCCUCUGCAGAACCCGGGGCCCCUGAAGAACUGCAGCGACCCCGCAGGAGAGUUGGAGCUUAAUCGUCGUUCCCAGUUGAGGGGUUCCCCUGAUCAUCGGAACCCGCCAAUCGGUGAAUUCUAUUGCUGAGACAACCCGGUUAAUAGCCUCCACCGGAGAAAUAACAAGUUGGGAGUGUCUAUUAAUUUAACGAGCAUGUUUCUCAUGGGACAUGGUGCAGUCAGACAACAUGCGGUCUAUGCUCAUUGCCCUCGCGGGCUUCCUCGGGGCCUCUGCCCUAGAUGCCGACACCAUCUUGACCGAUUACUUUGGCAAUGACGCCCCAUGGUAUAGCGACCGCAUUCCUCUCUUCGAGACCGACCUCUCCGAUAUCCAGGAUGUCUACUACUACCGCUGGGGUGUGUUCCGGGCCCACCAGCGUGACCUGGGUUCCUACGGCUACAUCACGACCGAGUUUCUCAACGAUGUCAGCUGGCAGGAAGAACCCUGGGCCCUCCUGAUCGAUGCUGCCAACUUUCACCUGCGUGAGGGCCGCUGGUGCCGCGACCGUCGCUUCACCAGUGACUAUUCAUCAUUCCUCUUCGGACCCAACGGUGACCCUUACCAAUUUUCCGAGUCCAUGGCCGAUGGUGUCUGGCAGGCCUACCUCGUCAACGGCGCGGCCGACGAUGCCACGCCACUGCUGGCCUCGAUGCAAACCGUCUACGCUGGGUGGAAUUCCACCACCCUCGGAGUGGGCGGUUACGACACCUCCAAAGGCCUCUACUGGAUCCAGCCGCUGACCGACGCGACCGAGUACACCAUUGCCAGUAUCGACGCCUCGGGGGGCGAAGACGGCUUCACCGGCGGAUAUGCCUUUCGUCCCAGCAUCAACAGCUACCAGUACGCGAACGCUCUGGCCAUCGCCCACAUUGCCAAUCUCACCGGGGACACCUCCGUCCGCGAGGAAUACCUCCAACUGGCGAGUGCUCUCAAAACGCGCCUCCAAGACGACCUCUGGAACAGCACCUUUGAGCACUUCAUCGACCGCUACAAGGAGGACAACGACUAUGUCACAUACUGGGACUUUAUCCGGGGUCGCGAACUGGUCGGCUACGUGCCGUGGGCGUAUGAUGUUCCUGACGACAAUGUGACUUAUGCAGCAGCAUGGAGUCACCUCCUCAACUCGAGCGAGCUGGCGGGCGUGCACGGGCUUCGCACCAACGAGCCAAGCUAUCAAUAUUAUAUGGUCCAGUAUCGUUACGACGGCACCCACCCGGAAUGCCAAUGGAACGGGCCGGCUUGGCCAUACCAGACCACCCAGGCGCUGACCGGGCUGGCCAACCUGCUCGACCACUAUCCCCGCUCCGCCGCGACGGGGGUCGUUACCACCGCCGAUUACACCAACAUUCUCCUCCAAUACGCCAAGCUGCACUACAACCCCGACCGCGGCGGCAUCCUCGAUAUCGAAGAAGACUACUACUCGGACACCGGCAGCCCGAUCGUGGGGCUUCCACGUUCACCACACUACUUCCACUCGGGAUUCGCAGACCUGAUUCUCACGGGCUACGUGGGAAUCCGGCCGCGCGCCGACAAUGUACUGGAAGUCAACCCGCAGGCGGAUGCAUCCACGGUCGGCUAUUUCCGGGCCGAGCGGAUUCUCUACCACGGACACGAGGUGGCCGUACAAUGGGACGCGACGGGGGAUCAGUAUGGUACUGCGGGCCUGGUGGUGGAAGUGGAUGGCACCACCGUCGCGACCAGCGCCAAACUCACUCGACUCACCGCUGACCUCACCUCCGCAUCGGCGCCGGCAUUCUCCAGUCCCAUCGCCGUGUCCGUCCAGUUGGCUUCUGAUACUGAGUAUCCCCGAGGCAGCGUGUCCGUGGCGGAUGCCGACACGGAUGCAGUGCACGGGGCCAUUGACGGACGGAUCUGGUUCUAUCCGCAGGUCGAGGUCGCGAAUGGGUGGGACAGUCCGACCGGCAAUGGAACGGAAGUGUGGUACCAGGUGGAUUUCGGAAAUGUGACGCAGACCGCGCGCGCCGAGAUUGCGUUUUUUGCGAACAGUACGCAGGGGUAUGAUGUGCCGGAGACGUAUCGGGUGCAGAGUAAUGCCACGGGAGAGUGGACGGAUGUGAGCAGGGGAAAUUAUAGUACGGCGGUGGCAAAUGGGAUUACCACGGCAUCAUGGGAGGAGGUCAGCACGGAGGCGUUGCGGUUGGUAUUUACUCCCACGUCAGGGGAGAUGGUGCGGUUGGUGGAGUGGAAGGUAUUUUCUAGUUAAUUCCGUACAGUUUUCAGUCCAGUUGCUUGGAAACAAUGUACAUAUCUGCCAUUAAGGAGUGGCUUCCAGGCAUGCCCCGCUGAGGCAUUUUGCUUCAGGGGUGGACAUGGUGCCCACUCAAUCAAGUUCUGUCUGAUGUGCGCUUCGGAUGUCUCGUCACUACAUAUAUCC